CCUGAGAGCCAGUUGUGACAUACCGACUUAGAUCAGCAGGCCAAGUUGCCAGGACUCUCCCGCACCCUAAAAUAGAGGGGGAGAGACAUUCUCCAGACAGCAACAACUAGCAGCUGCUUCAUACUGUACAUACACAGAACUGAAUAAACAACAGCAGAAAGGUUGAAAGAGAAAAACAACAGUGAGAGGAAAUCACUAAGAAGCAAAUAAAGACAAGGGACACCCAGACAGACUGUAGUUUGUUAAACACUUGAGAGAGCCUUGAGAGAGUCGAAAGAGUUGAGAAGGGACAGCCGAUCAGAAGAGUCAGUCAAACUGGAAAGACUCGACAAAGACUGACCUGGACAAUAACAAUAAGGUAGAAAAGAUUCUACAAAGAGCCAGAAGGCCAAACCCAGAGUCUGAGACCGAAGCAGAAAGCCGUCUUGAGUAUCACAGCAUUGACUGAGGAAGUCAAAACGAGACAGUCAGAUUCACUGCCGAGACUGAGGACUGCAGUGCUGGAAAUAGUGACUCACCAAACUAGUGGUCGAAGGCCAGGCAUGGCCAAAAUAACGGCUGAAGGUAGGCGAGAGGUUGAGCUGCCCGACUGACGAUGGUGUUGCCUGCUGACAAUGCGAGAGUUGUAUAAUGUCAAUUAUGUGUGAUUGUGAGGGUCAGUGAAUACCAAAGGCUUAGGGCACAUUUAGGGUCAGGUUGUAGUGGAUGGGGCUUUUCGUGAAAGAGAAAAAGACUGAACUGACAAAAGCCAAAUAGGUAGUGCUGAAAAGGGGCAUUCUCAGAGGACAUGAAGAUACGGCUAACAAUGAGAUGGGAGAUGCCCCGCCUUUUCCCCAAACUCUCGCUGUGCGAGGUGGAUGAGAAUGUGCGCCGGAUUGCGGAGAAGGUGUACGCAAGUGCCCUGAAGGAGGAGGACUCCAAAGAUGUCCUCUCCAUGUACACCGUGCCUGAAGACUGUCCCAUCGGCUUUCAGCAGGACCGGGAGAGGGAACUCCUCAAGGAGAUGGCCGAGCAGUCAGAAGAAACCGUCAAAAGGAAGAAGAGUUUCAGGAUGAUGAGAUCGCAGUCGGUGUCUCAGGCGUUCCCUCCCGUCAGUGCAGAGUGGGCCCUCUCUGUGGUGGCUCCUCUGUCUCCCACGUCACCUGUACCAGCGCCGCCAGACAACCUCAUCGAUUUCCAGAGGGUCACCAUCAGUGGAGAUUAUUGUGCCGGGAUCACAGUGGAGGACUAUGAGCAGGCAGCUAAGAGCCUGUUGAAGGCUCUGUUCAUCAGGGAGAAGUACUCCAGACUGGCCUACCACCGCUUUCCCAGGACCGUAGCCCAGUUCCUUCGCAGCUCAGAGAAUGAGAAGUGGAAGGAGGAGGACGAGGUCAUGCCAGACGUGUGCCCGUGUCCGCGCGAGGGCGAGGACCCCUACAGCCUGGAGGGCAUCCCCGACGACCUGGACUACGUGCUGCAGAUGAAGGACGGCAUCGUCAACGUGUACGACGACGCCGAGGCCCUGAGGCAGCAGCGGCCGCGCAGCCUGCCCUACCCCGACAUAGAGACCUUCGCCAUCGACAUGAGCCACGUCCUCGCCAUGAUCGCCGACGGCCCCACGAAGACCUACUGCCACAGACGUCUGAACUUUCUGGACUCGAAGUUCUACCUCCAUGAGAUGAUGAACGAAAUGGCAGAGAUGAAAGAGCUGAAGAGCGUAGCGCAUAGGGACUUCUACAAUGUCAGGAAGGUAGACACACACAUCCACGCAGCCGCUUGCAUGAACCAGAAACAUCUGCUCAAGUUCAUCAAAACCACCUACCAGACCGAGGCAGACCGUGUGGUCCUGGAGAAGGGCGGGAAGAAGAUCACCCUCAAAGAGGUGUUCGACACCUUGAAAAUGGACCCCUAUGACCUCACUGUGGACUCUCUGGACGUCCAUGCAGGAAGACAGACGUUCCAUCGCUUUGACAAGUUCAACUCCAAAUACAACCCUGUAGGGGCCAGUGAACUUCGAGAGAUUUACAUCAAAUCAGACAACUACAUCCAAGGAGAAUAUUUUGCACGUCUCAUCAAGGAAGUGGCACACGAGUUGGAGGAGAGUAAGUACCAGCACGCUGAGCCUCGCUUGUCCAUCUACGGCCGCUCUGCUGACGAAUGGGAGAACCUGGCCUCCUGGUUCAUCCAGCACAAGGUGCACUCCACCAACAUGCAGUGGAUCAUCCAAGUGCCCAGGAUCUAUGAUAUUUUCAGGUCAAAGAAAAUAGUUCCCAACUUUGCCAAGAUUCUGGAGAACAUCUUCCUUCCCCUGUUUGAGGCCACGGUCAAUCCACACAAGCACAAGCAAAUCCACAUCUUCCUAAAAUAUGUGACAGGCUUUGACAGCGUGGACGAUGAGUCCAAGCACAGCGACCAUAUGUUCUCCUACAAGAGCCCCAAGCCUGAGGAGUGGACCACCGAUGACAACCCACCCUAUACCUACUAUCUCUUUCACAUGUACGCCAACAUCAUGGUGCUUAACAACCUGCGCAAGGAGAGAGGGCUGAGCACCUUCCAGUUCCGCCCUCACUGCGGCGAGGCUGGUUCCAUCACCCACCUGGUCUCCGCCUUUCUCACGGCUGACAACAUCUCCCAUGGCCUCAACCUGAAGAAGAGUCCGGUGUUGCAGUACCUGUACUACCUGGCCCAGGUGCCCAUCGCCAUGUCUCCCCUCAGCAACAACAGCCUCUUCCUGGAGUACUCCAAGAACCCCCUUAAAGAGUUCCUGCACAAGGGCCUAUGUGUGUCGCUUUCCACUGAUGACCCCAUGCAGUUCCACUACACCAAGGAGGCUCUGAUGGAGGAAUAUGCCAUUGCAGCCCAGCUGUGGAAACUGAGUACCUGUGAUGUGUGUGAGAUUGCCAGGAACAGUGUGCUGCAGAGUGGCCUAUCUCACCAGGAAAAGAAACACUUCCUUGGUCCAAACUACCUGAAGGAUGGACCAGAUGGCAACGAUAUCCGUAGGACAAAUGUGGCGCAAAUACGAUUGGCAUACCGCCACGAGACUCUGUGCAAUGAGCUCAGCUUCCUGGUGGAAGCAGUGAAGACGGAGGCCACCACCGCACUGGCCAUGUCACAGCCUGUGUCACAGAAACAGUAGUUUAAACAUGUCGAGCUCUGGGAUCCUGUUAUGAUCCUCUCAACAUGUGUCCUUCCUCCCCUCUGUUAGGUCAAUCUGAUCAAGCAUGAUUGGAAAGGUGCAAAAAAAUGCUGAGCUGAGAUGUUGGCAACUACCAUUAGAUCCGCUAUUAUCCCCCAGGAAGUGGGAUUUUGGACAAAUGGAAAGAGCACUAUAUUAAAUAAGGAUGUGUAGACCAAACUGAAACAAACUGCAUGUAAACAAAUUGUCCUGUCUGGGCAUCCAUUUAACUGGUUUUAUCAGGAGCAUGCACUACCAGUUAGCUUCUGUUCUCCUGUAAAAUAUUAUUUCAGAAGCUGGUAUUGUUAGCAUGUUUACUGGGCUGGUGAAUGGGAAGUCAAUAUACUGAAUUGUAAUGAGACACUGCUCCCUUCAGCCUGUCCUUUAAGCACAUGGUGGGUUGAGUGUCCAUUUAUGUGUGGGAAUUGAGAUUUUAGCUUGGUCAUUACAUGGGCAUGUAUGGAUCUUUUAAAGAGAGCAUAUAGGGAAAUAGCUCAACCAGCCUUUAACCGUUGAAAUGAUUCACUGUCCCAAAGUAUGCCAUGUUUAAAUGUUUACAUCUUCACUUUAUUAUAUUUAGGAUGAACAGGGCUGUUGCAUUUUUUUAUAUACAAUAAAUUGGAAACUAAGAAA